CUUCCGGCGUAGAAGAAGAAAACGCUCACGCUUCAUGAGCUGAGCUUAACCGGUCUGUCACAUUUUUUAUCUGGAGCAGCUAAAGGACAACAUAGAGUGCACAGCAACAUCUGUGUCACUGUGGGCCCCCUGAGAGCUUGACUGUCAACGAUUAAAGAGCAAGUAUGAGCAGCCUGGAUCAGGACCAGCAUCUUCUACUUAGUUGCCGUGACAAAACAACAGUCUCCACUGAUUCAUCAGACGCUCCUGAGCUGGCCAAACACCCUCUCUGUGGUCUGAAAUUGGCAUCACAUGCAGUGCUGGAGAAAGCACAGCAGAGGGGCAGGUUGAAGUGCCCUAAAUGUGGAGGAUCAAGGAUGUUUUUCUGCUACACAUGCUGCUCGUUACUGGGUGUCGGCUUGCAAGAAAUCCCCUCAAUUAAGCUUCCUGUGAAGAUAGACAUCAUCAAGCAUCCAAAUGAGACAGAUGGGAAGAGCACAGCAGUUCAUGCCAAGAUCCUCGCUCCAAGUGACGUCACCAUAUACACUUACCCCUGCAUACCUGAGUUUGAAAAGGACAAGGUUGUUUUGGUGUUCCCUGGUCCAGGGGCCGUCUCAGUUCAAGAUAUGAUGCAGCGUUUACUCGACAGGACCGACGGGUCACAUGAUGAACCGUGCAUAAAGAGGCGGAAAAGUGAGGAAGUUCAUGGUGCCACACACACUGCCAAGAACUCAGAGACGGGGACUCCAGAUGAAGCAAAGGGCUGUGAGUCAAGGGUGUAUCCCCUCCAGAGGGUGGUCUUCAUCGACAGCACAUGGAACCAGACCAACAAGAUCAGCUCAGAUGAGAGACUGCAAGGUCUGCUCCAGGUAGAGCUCAAGACGAGGAAAACAUGUUUCUGGCGCCAUCAGAAGGGCAAGCCAGAAACGUACCUGGCUACUAUUGAGGCAAUUUAUUAUUUCCUGAAAGACUUCCAUGAGCAUUGCCUUGCUCAAGAGUAUAAAGGAGAAUAUGACAACCUUCUCUUCUUCUACUCCUUCCUGCAUUCAGUUGUCAACAAAUCAAUGUCUGAAGGAAAACAUUGCAAGGAAAAUAACUUGAAGAAAACAUGAAAUGAGCCAACGAUUAACUAAAGUAGAAAAGUAGAUUCAUGUGGAAAUUGCGGUUUAUCUGAUGGAGUGAUAUUUUAUUUUGAGAGGGAUGCCGAGGCAUCGGUUUGCUGAAAAAUAUGCUAUAAAGCUUUUGUUUACAAUUUAAAACAGUGUCUUUGAAACAUGAGUAUAUUUUCAAUUGCAAGUUUAGAAUUCUGCUACAAACAACCUCAGCUUGUCUUAUGGUUUAAAUUAACCGGCAAAAAUAGGAGGGUUUUUGACAUUUUUACUCAUCUUGAAUGUAAUUAUGUGCAAGGAUGUUGACCUAAAAUUAUGUUUUAAUAUUUUUAUUUACAAAUUAUUACAUGUCUGAGAAAUCCAUGUCUCUUAUUUUCCAAAAAUAAAGAAGAAUUCAUGACCCAUGGGCACCUAGAUUCACUAUUGUUGCAGAACUAAUAAAUCUGGUCUUCAAAAAUAUA